AUUUUUUAAAAUAUUUAUUUAAACAUCAACAAGAAAUGUUAAUUUAUAAAAUUAUCAAUAUUUUUAUGGUCUUGCUGAUAAUACAGAAAUGUUCCACCAAACCCCUAGAAGAUUACAAUAGAUAUAUAACAGCUAAAGAAGAGCUUUUCAAUUACGUUUUUGAUAACAUAAGGAUUAUGGGUGAAAAAUAUAUCGAAACAAUUGUUGAUCUUAGUCAUCAGAUACAAAAGGACGAAUCUUUAGAAUUGCACAAUGAAGCAGAUAUUUUAGAAUUUAAACAAAAUAUCAAUAAUUAUAUAGAGAGCUAUAAUAUGAAUUCACCAUUUGAAGUAAUUCUAUACAAAACCAAACAUUUUGUGGAAAGUAUUUUAUAUUAUUUUCAACUUACGGAUGAACAACUAACGUCGGAAUUCAAAUUUAUAGUGGAACUUUUGGAAAAAUACAAAUAUCAAGAAUUGGAAGAAGAAUGUAAAAAUAAUAUAAAAAUCUUUAUUGAUGGUUUCAAAAUGAAGUUCGAAGAAAAUAAAGAUUACCUGGAUAAACCCUUAUUGGAGUGGUAUGAAAGGUUUUCAAAUAUAGAAGAAGAAGGAGAACAAUUAAUGGAUUUGAGAAAACUUGCAGAAUAUAUUUAAUUUUAUGAAUUUUUGAAAGAAGAAAAUGAAUAAAUUUUUAAGG